AUGCUAGAGAUUCAGAAGGAUAAAGGUGCAACUGAUGAGAUUUAUCCUGCUGCAGUGCUGCCUAUAAUCUUCAGUGUGAUUGCCUCUGAGAGCAAGGGAGUAUACCGGCAUGGAUGCAAGCGUGGGGCCCCAAAGCCCAUUGAAGAUCGCUGGAGAGAGGUCCAGACCUUGUUGUUCUCUGUUGAUGAAAUUAACAAGAACCCGGAUCUGUUACCCAACAUCACUCUAGGGUAUCAUGUAUAUGAUUAUUGUGGGGAUCCAAGGCUCGCUAUAGGGAGUGUCCUGCAGAUAUUAUCUGGUCCUGGGAAUAUGGUUCCUAAUUAUUCCUGUGGGGAUGAAAGGGAAAUUGCUGGAUUUAUUGGAGGCCGGUCAACAGGUACAUCCUUGCCUAUAGCACAGCUAUUGGGUAUAUAUGGAUACACACAGAUAAGUUAUAGUUUAAUUGACCCUGUGCUAAAGGACCAAGUGUGGUAUCCAUACCAUUUUAGUACUGGGCCAGAUGAUUAUAUUCAGCACGUUGCUAUAGCAGAGCUGUUGGAACACUUGGGAUGGACUUGGGUGAUCAUUCUGGCAGCUGGUGAUGAACGUAGUGAAAGAGAGAGUAAGAACCUCAGGAACGAGAUCACCAAACAUGGAGCCUGUGUGGACUUAACUGGCACUCUAACAGAUACAAACACAAGAACACUAGAAAGAAUACAAAAAUCUACUGCAGAAGUUGGUAUCUUGUGUGGGGAACAAUUUCGUAGUCCAUUAUUUUUAGUAGAAAAGAUUUUUAAAGAAAAAACUUUGGUGGUUCCAGCAACAUGGAUUCCUGGUUAUAUUUCCCCCCUCUUCAAUAGAAGUCUCAUUUUUAAAGAAGUUUUUUUUGUCUUCGAUAACUUAGAAUUUGAAGACUACGUAAUGUCAAUUAAAGAAGACAUGUUACUUGAGGACUUAUUGACAGUUGCCUCAGCGUGCCUGACACAUGAUAAAGAGAAGGAUGCCAUAUUUAUGAAAGUUUAUGGAUUUACUUUACGGAACUGUUCAAGUUUAAAAUUACGACAACGACAUGAUGGCAGAAGUUACCGAGUGUACACAGCAGUAUAUGGAUUGGCACAUGCAGAACAUGACAUGCUUUCUUUAUCUGGACAAUACUGUAAUAAACAGGUGCACAAAAAUAUUCAUAGAAAUCAGACUCUGAAAUCUCAGUGCUCUGCCAGCUGCCCUCCUGGCUACAGAAAAGUCCCACAGAAUGGAGCGCCGUCCUGCUGCUAUGACUGUGCCUCAUGCUCAGAGGGGGAGGUCUCCAAUUUAACUGAUAUGGAGAACUGUGUAAAAUGUCCGGACUAUAAAUGGCCGAAUCAUGCGAAGACAUUGUGUCUUGAGAAACCAAGCGAGUUUCUCUCAUAUGACAGAGACCCCCUAACUCUAAUCUUUAAUGUCAUCACUUUGGUUCUUUUUUUAAUAUCACUGAGUAUGUUGGGAAUUUUUAUUUUAUUUCGAGACACUCCGGUAGUGAAAGCCAAUAAUCGUAAUCUGAGCUUUAUUCUCCUUGUCUCCAUCAAGCUGAGCUUCCUCUCUGUGUUCUUGUUCCUCGGUCACCCUGUAGAUAUAACCUGCAUGCUCCGGCAAACCUCUUUUGCAAUCACCUUCUCCACAUCUGUCUCUUGUGUUCUGUCCAAGACUAUCAUGGUUUGCAUUGCUUUCAAAGCCUCCAAGCCAGGGAGCUCAUGGAGAAAAUGGAUUGGGCCCAAAGUGGCAAAUUAUAUUGCUUUUGUUUGUUCAGUCAUCCAAAUAGUAAUUAGUGUUAUCUGGUUGGUCAUUUCUGCCCCAUUUGCAGAAGAAAAUAUACAUUCUAAACCUGGAAUUAUCAUCAUUCAGUGCAAUGAGGGCUCAGUAGUUGCUUUCUAUAUUGUCCUCUCCUACAUGGGAUUGUUGGCAUCUGUGAGUUUCAUUGUAGCUUUCUUGGCUCGGACAUUACCGGACAGUUUUAAUGAGGCCAAGUACAUCACU